ACACCGAACUAGAUCUAAUAAAAAAAUUGUUUGUUUUGUUUAUGGUACGCCAUGGCGGAUCGAGUUGGUGACGGUGAUUUCUUGGACGAAAAUAUACAGAAAUUUAACAAUGAAAGGCGGAGCAGUAAACAAUGGGUUAAACUUAAUGUUGGUGGAACAUAUUUCCUGACUACGAAGACAACAUUAUCUAGAGACCCUAAUUCAUUUUUGUAUCGAUUAGUUCAAGAGGACAGCGAUUUGAUUUCAGACAGGGACGAAACUGGCGCUUAUUUAAUAGACAGGGAUCCCACGUAUUUUUCUCCAGUCCUCAAUUACCUCCGUCACGGUAAACUGGUUAUCAACAAUGACAUCGCUGAAGAGGGUGUGCUGGAAGAAGCAGAGUUUUAUAAUAUUACGGAACUUAUAAGAUUAGUUAAGGAAAGAAUAUGUUUAAGAGAAAGGAGACCCUUAAAAGAUUCUAAAAAGCAUGUGUAUAGAGUGCUACAGUUUCAUGAAGAAGAGUUGACACAAAUGGUAUCCACAAUGUCUGAUGGUUGGAAAUUUGAACAGUUGAUAAACAUUGGCUCCCAAUAUAAUUAUGGCAAUGACGAACAUGCAGAGUUCCUUUGUGUUGUAAGCCGAGAAUGUGGCAGUUCUCUGAACAGCAAUGACAUAGAACCUACAGACCGUGCCAAGGUGCUCCAACAAAAAGGCUCACGGAUGUGAGCUUAUCUUUUAUGAUUUAAUAUUUUUUGAGACUGUCGGCUCUGUGUGAGAAAUGUGUACAUAUUUUUAGAGUGUAAACAGUCUGUAUAACUUCUUCUUUCUAUAUUUUAAAUUAAUGUAUAAAUUGUCUAGAGUCUUACAGUAACGUUUGUAUUAGUCAAUUGAGUGGUAACUGUAUCUUUGGUCCUAUACUUCAGUACAUCAUAAAUAUAUUAGAUAAAUACUCAUUCUAAUGAAGUGUGAAGCUCUAAAUAGAUUUUAGAAAAUAUUUAUGUACAAAUGGGUGCACCAAAAUAAUAAAGUGUAAGUGAUGAAUUUAGCUAAUAUUAGAAUAUUUUAGUUUCAUCACAUUACAGCAACAUAGAAUAUAUGAUUAUUUACUGCUAGGGGCAAUUUGUAAUCUUUUAGAUUUAUUGCUUUUGGUGCAAUCAGAUGUACAUUUGAAAAUUUCCACAUUUCUUGCUCUAAAAUUUCUUUCAAUGAUGGAAACUGAUUAUUGUAUGUGUAUGGAUUAAACUUUUGUUUGAGUUAUGGAAUCUAUUAAGACCUCUUGGAUUUGUAUUAUUUCCAGUCUUGAAUAAGACUUGUGAAUAACACAUUUCAUCAAAUGUGUAUUCUUUAAAUCAGUAAUUAAUUAUUCCAGAUAUUAUGCUCAUUUACCAAAUGUAAUAUUAGAAACUUACGAUUCCAAAGCAGUUGUUUUAUUUUCAAAAAAUACUCAGUUGUUAUCUAUAAAUAAUAAAUAAAGUUGUAUGUUGGUGA